UCUAUAAUUCUACCCUCUGAUCCACCCUCCACUUGGACCGAUCAUCAUAGCUCCGUCUCAUAUUGUGCUCAAAAUAUUUGACUUCAAACGUCCCACAAAUUGAUGCAAGUGGGGCAUAAUUUAGGAUAGGGAUUGAGUGGGAGGAUUUACCUGAAAGCUUAGAGCAGCAGGAUGGCCGCCAUUUGGAACCUUCCCUCCAUUCUUCUUCCCCUCUCCGGCCUCCUGUCUCUCUUUCUCACCCACCCGCCCCCCUUGACCGCCUCCGCCGCCGCCGCCCCCUCCGAGCUCCUCUCCUUCCGCGAAGCCCCGGCUUUCCGCAACGGCGACGCGUGCGGCAAGGAGCUCGUCCACAUCGCGAUGACCCUCGAUGUUAAUUACAUCAGGGGCACGAUGGCGGCCGUGUUUUCAAUCCUGCAGCACUCCACGUGCCCUGAAAACGCGGCCUUCCAUUUCCUCUGGGCCCGCAACCAGCCCGAGGUCUUCUCCGCCAUCAACUCCACCUUCCCGUACUUGAGGUUCGACAUAUACGUCUUCGACACCGCCAGGGUCCAGGGCCUCAUCUCCAAGUCCAUCCGGCAGGCGCUGGACCAGCCUCUGAACUACGCCAGGGUAUACCUGGCAGACAUCCUCCCAGAACAUGUCAAGCGCGUCAUCUACCUCGACUCCGACCUCGUCGUGGUCGACGACGUCAUGAAGCUCUGGGAGGUGGACAAUGCCGACCGGGUGCUCGCGGCGCCCGAAUACUGCCACGCAAACUUCACCGUCUAUUUCACGGACACAUUCUGGUCGGACCAGAAACUAGUCAACGCAUUCGAAGGCGGGAAACACCCCCCGUGGAGACCGUGCUACUUCAACACGGGGGUGAUGGUGGUGGACGUGGAGAAGUGGAGGCGGGGGGGAUACACGGAGAGGGUGGAGGGGUGGAUGGCGGUGCAAAAGCAAAAGAGGAUUUACCACCUCGGCUCCUUGCCGCCGUUCUUGCUCGUCUUCGCCGGGAACAUAAUGCCGGUCGACCACCGAUGGAACCAACAUGGGUUGGGUGGGGACAACAUUGAAGGGAAAUGCAGGAGACUGCACCCUGGUCCCAUCAGCUUGCUCCAUUGGAGCGGAAAGGGUAAACCCUGGUUAAGGCUGGAUUCCGGGAACCCAUGCAAUGUUGAUCAUUUGUGGGCUCCUUACGACCUUUUUCGCUCUUCAAAACAUUCCUUUGAAGAGUGAUAUGUGUGUGUGUGUGUGUAUGAGUUCAAAAAAUUUAUUCCAUUUCU